GUCAAGGUCAUUCGAUAUGCAGCGCAAUUGGUUAGUCGUCAAACGUUAUACACACUUCAGUCACAACAGUGUAUUCUGGUGGAAAUAUGGGUGUUUCGGAGUCGUACGACAUUGGAUAGGAUUUAAUAAUUAAGUAGAAAUGUGAAAGUUGUCAACAUUCAACAUGGAUACUUACGGAUUUGUUAUUUACACAUUAUGUGUGUUUCUCUUUGCACUUUCACUUUGUUUGUCGGAUAUCUUAGAGACUGUGGCCGAGGAAGAGGAUACCGAUGUCCCAGAUCAUUCGUUCCCUCCUUGGACUAUGGUGUAUAACAAAAAUGUCACAUGUGGGAAAAUUAAACCAGGCCUCAAGUUCCCUUCACAAACCUGGACAUGUGCUGAUGCAAGGGUGGAUGGCUACCACCUGGCCUACAGUCUAUAUGCUGAUGUAGGAGUGGACAGGAAGUGUGUGGAAACUAGAGGCAUGGAUGAACUGGCCGAGGUUUGCCUCGCUAUGAUGCGAGCAAUGGAUGUUAACAAACCCCUCUGGGCAGCUCUGGUGACAAAUGCAACAUGUGGCUACCACGAUGGAAUGCGCGGCUUCCUGAAGAAGAUCACAGACGGCUUUGUCUGGGUGGACAUGCAGGCUGGCCAUGGAGCAUUAUAUACAUUCAGGUGUAUGGCCGACAAAUCCUAGGUUUAGUCGCCUGUCAAGGUUAGCGCUGGUCAAGGUUAACCACGUGAAAUUAUUGGACAAUCUAAGAUACAACAUUAACAUCAGUUGAUGGUCAAGUGAUUGAUCAGCCAUACAGACAAAAUACUUUCCUUGAAGUUGCCAAUAGAUUUAUUCAUAGAAUGGUCGUUCACACAAAAAAGUUGACCAAAAAGUUGCCAGUUAAGUCAUUCUUAGAAUGAUUCACAAGAAAAAUGACCUGGAAAUUGCCAAUGGAGUUGCAUUGUGUUGCCUCUCAUUUAUGACCACUCAUCCAAAGUGACAAGAAACCUUUCUGACCUUGACAUAAUCAACAAACUGACAGUCAUUCAUAUAGACAAAAGAUAUAUAUUUUUGUACAAUGACAAAUGCUGUUUCAAUGAUGGGUUUUAUCUUAUCUAGCUUUUUUUUUAAGGAAGAAUGUGUUUUGAAUUGCUGAAAUGCAAUGAUGAAAAGACGAGUGAUUAACUGUGUAUGUAAACCAUGAUUUCAAUAUCUGUUAAAAGUCUACAUGUCAGUUAUUCCGGACUGGUGCAUUUAUCAUUGAAGUGGAUCCAGUGAGGAAUAUAGCAAACACCAAAGAGCCUAUGGUUCUAAAAAUGGACGUUGGUGCAGUUUAUCAGGGUUUUAUAACAAAUUGGUUGUGAUUGCAUCUAUGAUCGGAUCUGUUUACUGAAUGGUGAAUUUUUGAGUGGUUUCUUGGAAUGAAUCCACUAUAAGUCAACCUCUCAUUUAGUUGGAAAUAUGUACCUUGGAUUAUGUACCGAUCUGGUUGUAAAUGUGACCAAUGUGUUUGUUUCCACCAAUGUUCCUGCUGAGAGUUACGUCUCAAAUUUCAUGAGAAGAAGGAGAGAAAUAUACUGCAUAGUAACCAAGACAAACAUGCUUCCUAGGUCUGUGAAAACAAGUCGCUUUAUGAACCAUUUACAUUUACACCAACUCAUCCACUUUAGUGAAGAGAAAUCAAUCAAACAUAAUAUCUAUGAAAUGGGAAAAGGAAUCUUCUCAUUGCUUUAAUCAACCAUAAUCUGAGGCAUACUACCAAAAUAGCAUCAACAUCUUGUGUUUUUCUUUUUGUGUGUUCGUUCAUUUUGAUUGCAUUGGGCAACAUUUUUGCAAUUGAAAGGUAAUCUUCUUUUUUUAACAAAAACUUAAUUUUCAAAGGAACUAUUUUUAUAUUUUCAGUAAAACACCCACCUCUGAAGCAUUUCUAAUAACGAGAAAGGACACAAGUGAUUAAAUACAUUGUAAUAUGUUCAAUACCGAAAUCAUUUAAAAGGGCAAGGGAUUCGAAUGUAGAAAAGAUAACAAAAAUAAUAAAUUAAUCAUUGUAAUCCAAACUGGAUUAAAUUCAUUUAUUUGCGAAUAUACAAUCAUGCAACAUGCUAGUUUGUGUGUGCGUUUGUGUGUGAGAGUGUUGCUGUAGUAUACAAUGGUACGAUGAGUUUUCUGUGAAGGUUGAUGUUGAUUACAGCCCGACACCUAUGCAACAUAAAUCACACUUUUACUACAUUUACUAAUUAUUUUACUGCAGGUUUUUAUAGUUUCCUCAUGUGGACUUUUCUUUCAGAUAUAUAUGUAAUUGUAGUAUUAAGUGACAUAUUAAUGUUGAUUUUUUAUCUAUGCUCCAUACAAGUAAAAUGUCUGUUAUUUUUUUUUUAUAAUGCAAAAAAUAAACCAGCAAAAUGGGCAAAAGAACGAUUAAAUGAAAAAAGAGCAGAAAAACAAUCUCGCAUAAUUAAUUAUUGAAUUUUGAUUUUGAAAUAAUAUCAAAUUAUACGUAACUUAAUUAUUUCCUGAAUGAUCAAGUACAAGUAUUUAACGUUAUAAUAACCACUUGAAAUUAAAAUAACGUGUGUUGAACCUACUAUAAGAUAUGUAUUAUGUUUUCUUGAUGUAUUUAUAAGUCAGUAUAUAUAUCAAAUGUUUAUAACAUGUAUCGUAAGGUGUGAAAUGUAUGCUAGGUAUAUAUGUACAUGAUUGCAGUUAUUGUAAUUAUAUAGUAUUAAGGUGGUAUGUAUUGUGUAAUUGUGCAUGUCACUUGUUGAGAUAUGGAUGCAAUAUGUAACGUCAACCUUUCUGGUUAUUAUACUGUAACCUUAUACGAUAUACCGAAUUCAUUGUUAUUCAUGUGGGUAUUGACAUUGUACAACACUUUCUGAGAAAAUCAAAACAAGAAAACAAAUGACGUAUUCUGUCUAACUUAUAGAAAUAUGUACCUUGGGCAGACACAGGGGACUGCAAGAAAUAUGUACCUUGGGCAAACACAGGGGACUGCAAGAAAUAUGUAUCUUGGGCAAACACAGGGGACUGCAAGAAAUAUGUACCUUGAGCAAACACAGGGGGCUGCACCUUUGAAAUAUCGAAAUAAAUGUCGUAUGGCAAAAUGUAUUACACUGCGCUAUACACUAUACAGCGAUACCAUCAUUCUAGAACUUUACUUGAUAAAGUACAUCACAAUUUGCUGUUCAUAUGGCUACACUACUAAAACAUAUCUACAUUAAUAAAUGUCAGUAUAAUUUUUUUCUGUAAAGAUGAUGAUUUGUGAGAUAUCGAAGUUUCCAUGUCUUUGUUUUCGACCAGGAUAUACUUAAUUUAUGCCUUUUAUUACGACUAAAAAUGUCAAUAAAAUGUAUAUACAGUUUA